UUGCACUGCGUGACUUGCUACUGUUUAACACCGUGGCAUGUGAAAAAUGAAAAUGGAUCCCUCAGUAUAAGACUGCGGUGACAAAUUUUUUGUGCUGCUGCUCUUUACAUACUAUACUAGUGCUACUGAUCAAAGACUAAACGUGCACUUUUUUAGUGAAAAAUGCAACCAAUUUCAAGUUGGUGGUAAAUUAAGACAUCUGCACCCUUGCAGCCAUGGCUGCACAUAGACUGGGCUGUUUCUUCAUCCUGCAAAUUCCGGUUGCGGUGCUGCUGGUGUUAGAUGGAAUUGCAGCUGCAGCGGGCAGUGAAUACCGCGGGAAGCCCCAAAAGAAGCCCGGUGGUGGUGGACCUGGCGGAACAGCUGCCACUGCUCUCUUCUUCUUUGGCGACUCUUACUUUGAUGCAGGCAACAACAACUACAUUAACACCACUACACUUGACCAGGCAAAUUUUUGGCCCUACGGGGAAUCCUACUUCAGCUUCCCAACCGGAAGAUUUUCCAACGGCCGUUUAAUAUCAGAUUUUAUUGCCGAAUAUGCGAAACUGCCACUGAUUCCGCCGUUUCUGCAGCCGGGAAACCAAGAAUACCGGAAUGGAGUAAACUUCGCAUCGGCUGGAGCGGGCGCUUUGGAUGAGACCUUUCGGGGAGCGACGUUCAUAUUUCAGGUGAUUGGCCUCAGGACGCAGUUACGAUACUACACCAAGGUGAAAGCAUGGUUAAGACACGAGUUAGGGGACGUGGAAUCCAACAUGAUACUAUCAAGAGCUGUGUAUUUGUUUAGCAUUGGGACGAAUGACUACACAAGCACUUUCCUUACCAAUUCUACCAUGCUGGCCAACUCCGGUUCUCCUUCAAAUUACGUAGGGAUGGUGAUCGGUAACUUGACAUCAGUGGUCAAACAGGCAAUAUACGAUAGAGGCGGAAGAAAAUUUGGUUUCCUCAAUUUAGGGAGCUUGGGUUGUCUACCGGGGCUUAGAAUCCUACAAUCCCAGACAAAAGGAGAUGGCUGCUUCGAAGAAGCUUCAAGGUUAGCAAAUUUACAUAAUCGGGCACUCUACAACUUCUUGUCAAAAAUGGAGGAUCAAUUGCAGGGGUUCAGAUAUUCAAUUUGCGACUUCCAUGGUGCUCUAAGACACAGAAUGGAUCACCCCUCCAGAUUUGGAUUCGAGGAAGGGAGAGCAGCAUGUUGCGGAGCAGGACGAUAUAAAGGAAUAUACAGCUGUGGAGGGAAGAGGCCUAUGGUGAAGGAUUUCGAGCUGUGUGAGAAUCCGAAGAGAUACGUGUUUUGGGAUUCUUAUCAUCUCACUGAGAGGGUCUACAGGCAGAUGGCAUCAGAAAUGUGGAAUGGAUCCAGGAGAAGGGGGCGGCCUUACAGUCUCAAGCUCAAGGAUUUACUCCGAUGCUAAAUUCACCACACCAAAAUGUUUCUGACUGACUACAAUACAUAUAUAGCGUUGUUAUGAAUGACCCUCUCAAUUAAUACUAUGUUUAGAUUACUGAUCGAGACAAGAUUAUUUUGACAAGUAUAGUACUCCAUGGAGCAAUUUACCCAAUUUUGUGGAAACGAGUUUACUGUUUAUAUCCA